GGAUCCCUCUGUGCUUGGUGCCAAGGGGUUAAAGUCACACCAAGUUCCUGAAGCCAGUUGCUUCCAAGUCAGAGUCUGGCUGCUGGCUGCGGUUAGUGGGAAGGGAUUUUGUUUUUUAAUAACAUUAUAAAUAGGGCUGUGUUCAGCUUGCUGCAUGCUCACUCUCCCUUCCACCUUCUCCCUCCUCCUCCUCCUUCUCCUCUUGCUGCCGCUGCUUCUCCCUGCACAUCCAUCACAGCUCUGUGGACAUGGACCGGUCAGGCUUCGUACUCAAGCUCUUCGGCUUGCUGCUAUGCCUCCUGCCCGUUCUCCAGGCAUGUCCUCAGAACUGCCACUGCCACGGGGGAGACCUCCAGCAUGUCAUCUGCGACAACGUUGGGCUGAGAAGGAUCCCCAAGGUAGCUGAGCAGACACGUCUCCUCAACCUGCAGAGGAACAACUUCCCUGUCCUGCCGACCAACGGUUUCAGGGAGAUGAAGAACCUCGUCUCUCUCCACCUCCAGCACUCUCACAUCAAAGAGAUCUCCAGCGGAGCCUUCCGGGGCCUGAAGCAGCUGGUCUACCUUUACUUGUCCAACAAUGACAUCAGCGUCAUAAAGAUGGGGGCCUUUGAUGACCUGACGGAGCUCACCUACCUCUACCUAGACCACAACAAGAUCCCAGACCUGCCCAAGGGGCUCCUCUCCCCACUGAUCAACCUUUUCAUCCUGCAGCUAGGCAGCAACAAGCUCCGAGACUUGAGAGCAGGAGCCUUCCAUGGGACCAAGGAUCUCCGCUGGCUCUAUCUCUCGAACAACUCUAUCAACUCCAUCCAUCCUGCAGCCCUGGACGAUGUGGAGAACCUAGCCAUAUUCCACCUGGAUAAGAACCAUCUGACCAGCUACCCUGGGGCUGCCAUGAGCAAGCUGAGAGUGGUGGAGGACCUGAAACUCUCAAACAACCCCAUGAAGAUCAUCCCGGAUUUAGCCUUCCAGUCCUUUGGGCGCUACAUGGAGACACUCAGCCUGGACAACAUGGGCCUAGAAAAGUUUUCAGAUAAAGCAUUUGCUGGCGUAACCACACUGAAGACUGUUCACAUUGAGAACAACAAACUGUCCAGUCUUCCUGGGAACUUCCCUUUCAGCCGUCUUGAGACCCUCACCCUGUCGAACAACCCUUGGCACUGCUCCUGUCAGCUAGCACCUCUGCGCAGGUGGCUGGAAUCCACUCGAUCACGCCCUGAUGCAGCCUGCGCAUCGCCCUCUUCAGCUCGAGGACAGCAGAUCAGAGAUACCUCUGCACUCCGCGGUUGCAAGGUCCCCACGAAGAGGUCCAAGAAGGGAAGUCGCCAUUAAGCAGGACCCAGGAAAGCUGGUCCAGGUGACUGGCUGCUUCAACCAAUCAGAAAACUACUGACUCCAUCCAAGCCCUUCAUCCCCAAGCAGCUCCACCCCUUCAAGAAACAUAUAUCUGGUAGCAACCACCUCUUGCUAUAUGAAGAUCGCAGAGUGGAAUCCACCAUUUCAUCCCCCCCCCUGUUAUUAUAUCUAUUAUUUUAAAAGAUUUAGUUGUUAACAAAAAACAAAACCUAAACUUAUGCAUGGCAGUGCUAAGACACAGCUAAACUAGAUCCUGCUGGUAAAGUACACAGUCCUCUUUCUUGAUGCCAUUCAGCUACUCAGUUUGUCUCUGGGAUUUGCCUUCUAACAGGAUGGGAGUUAACAGAGAACAUUAAAAGUUUCUCCACAUCCCCAA